AGCAUACAGAAGACCAGAAUAAUCAUUUAUCAAUCACAAUGUGUGUGUGGUGGUGGUGGUAAGGACGAGGAUGUCGUAGUGAUGAAGAAGGUUAAUCAAUAGGCACUCACAACUGGCCUGGGUCCAGGCUCCUUAACCAUAAGAGAGGGCAGAGACAAGACUCAGUCAUGUGGGGACUAUGAGGAAGAACAGCUGGACUACACUGUGAAAAGUAGUUUGGAGAAUUCAUUAGCAGACAGAAAUCUGGCUGGGGAGAAAAAUAUAUUUAUAUUUCUAGUGCUUUGGAUCCUUAGCUUGGAUUGUGGAGGGAAUAAAGGAAAAGGAUAGAAAUAAAUCACAAGAAGCAGAGAGAAGGAAUGUGAGACAGUUUUAUGCUGUCUUUUCCAUUCUUCCUUCAAAGUUGAGCCUUUUUCAACCAUGAGUCUGCAUAUUUAUGUUACUCUAAUGACUAAUUCCAGAAAGACACUGCUUUCACUGGUAUCCAGGAGAAACUACUCCUAGUGACAGGUAAAGAUAUGGAAUCUGACCUCCAGGGUAGAAGUGGCAACCAGUGAGCUAGUUUGUCAAGCAAAUGAUGGCUGCAACAAGGAGUCCCCAGUCAUAGCCAUCUCCAAGCAAGGGCUCUACACAUGGACCCCUCCAUAGCAACAGCCCUGAUUACAAAGCUUUCCGACAGUGCUUCAGGCAGUUCUGCUACCAGGAAGUAGCUGGCCCCCAUGAAGCUUUUAGCUUACUCUGGGAACUCUGUUGUCAGUGGCUAAAGCCUAAGACACACUCAAAGCAAAUUCUGGAGCUGCUGGUUUUGGAGCAGUUUCUCACUAUCUUGCCAGAGGAGAUCCAGACCUGGAUGAGGAAGCAGCAUCCAGAAAAUGGUGAUGAAGCUGUGGUUCUGGUUGAGGAUGUACAGAGAGUACCUGAGCAACAGGUCCUGGAUUCUGGAAAGGACUUGAAAGUGCUCCUCGAGGAGACAGCCCCUUUGGGAGCAACUAGAGAAUCACUGAGAUCCCACCUGAAACAGGAAGUUUAUCCAGAGGAACAUACUUUGAAGGGGUCACGGAGCUCACAGCAAAGACCACGGGAACAGUCUAAAGCAGAAAAGAAAAGCUUUAUUAGAAAGGGAAAGUACACUUCCAGAUGUGAAAGUGGGCCUGGGCAAGAGAAGCAUGGUUCAAAAGGCCACUAAAUAAAUUUUAAAAGCUAACUCAUCUUUAAAUAACUCAAAUCCUGGAGGAAAAGAUGGUGUCUUCAUGCUGUUUAUAUUGGCAAGCUUCUGCUGAUGGAAUGGAAAAUCCUAAGAGACUGGUUUCCUCCAGAGGUUGCCAGGAACUGUCCCUUGAAGAGACGUCUUCAAGACCAGGAGACAGGUGUUGUGCUCUGGACUGCUGAGAUCCAGGCAGGGUUUCCCGUUCAUGGUCCGAAUGUCAUCUCUGGGCUGGAUCAGAGAAAACACACAGGACCCCAGAUAUUCACUCCUGCAGAGUGAAGAAAAGUUCUGAGAUUUCUACAAGUGAGACUGCAGUGGAAGUCCAUGAGACACCAGCAACAGGAGAAGGAAAAAAAUCAAGGGUGACACAAAACAGCUGGAAUUGGCAGACAGGAAAAUAGCAGGCACGCCCUUGGUUGCUGAUGAAAUCAGAACUUUCCUGUCUGUUCUCAGUGAGCCUUGGUUUUAUAAAAAACUCCAAGUGCAUAGCAAAGCAGCCAGCUAUACAGGGAAGUUACCAAACUCUUGUGUGAACAUUUCCACUGGGCUCUGGAGCAGUGUCAAACCAAGCGGAGAAGCUCUGGGCCAGUUGCUGUCAAGGAAGAGGAAGUCUCGGCCCUGUGCCUUGCAGGAGAUGAAAGCUCUGCUGGCCUCACAGGGGUCCUCCAGUUCUAGGACCUUGGCAGACAGGACAGUUGAGGCCAAAGGGCCAAGCCAAGGCCCAUGGAAACAGAAAUAAGUGGGGAAUGAGGACACAUUGGAGGACUCAGACAGCUACAAAUCCAAAGCAAGCAGCCAGUCCAGGAAACUUGGAGCCACCCUGGCACCUACAGCCUACUCCAGAGCCACUUGGGUAAGGACCUUUCUGCACAACUGUCCUGGUCCUGAUCACCUAUAAGCAAACUGCUCUCCCAAACUGGGGCUUGUCUUCCCACUAUAAACUGAAGAUGGAUCCUGGUCCCUCACUUUUGGGGGUAUGCUGGGAUAAAAGCUAUAGUGGGUACCCAAUGUAAAGCCACUCAUUUGGCCAUGUGCAGGUUACAUAUAGGGAAAAGUAGCACCUGAACCCUUAUAUUGUCUGAUAACCCAAGGGAGUUGUGAAAUUGGAAAGCCAAAGUCAGGUACCUUUCUUGCACCAAAGUAGUGAAUUGUUGGAGUAGGUGUUAUAUCGAGAUUUUGCCAAUAGAACAUAAAAGAAUGAAGGUGAUAUUGCCCAGAGGAAUGAGUAUUCUCUGUGGAAGGUGGAUGAUAUCCUAGCAGGUACCACUGUGUGAAUUCAAAGCUUGUCCUAUUAGUCUGGGAAUCAGGUUCCAUUGCAGCUGGUAAUGGAGCAGAAUAAGAGUAAUCAGGAGUUCAGGACCAGAGGAUGCGUUGCAUCUUUCGUGUGAGUUGUCAGGGUAGUCCUUAUUGAGAAAAUGGCAUUUGAUCAAAGACUCGAAGGAGAAGGAAUGAGC